UAAUCUGGAUUAUCAUCGCCGUGUGCUGUGUCAUCUUCUUGCUAUUGAUUCUUCUGCUUAUAUGCUGUAUUAGGCGUAGAAAGAAGAAAAAAAGGACAUAUACCAUCUAUCACCCUGGCAGCAAUAUGAAUAUCAUUCCUCUGGAAAUUAUGGUAUAUGAUGACGAAACUCGCCCGAAGCCCUUCCCUGACGGGCACUCUAACCCUGAAUUCAUCCCCAAAGACAAUGAAACAGAAGAGGAUGACAUCUACAAAAAACAGCUGUUAUUAUUUCUGAACCAAUCCCACCUAAUCAAGCCAGGGAUGAACCUUUCAUACGGGGAUGAUGUAUCGGAUACAUCAGAGUAUUCCAACAAGAACUCCAGAAAGGCAUCUGCAAAAUCUUCUGCCAGCGGUGCUGCACGUGACGAAGACUCCGACUGAACGAACCUCGAAAGCAUCAUUUUAAAUUCAAAUUGUAUUGGGUAUAUUUUUAUAAGAUGAAUUGCAAAUUGGAAUCUGAUUUCUUUAAAAGAAUGCAAACUAAUGCUUGCUUUCCGUAUGGCGGCCAUGUUGGCUGGACCUAUUGUUCUAAAGUUUAUAUCACUAACAUGGCACCCCCUUUCGCUACUACAACCUCUUGAAGAUGAUCGCAAACUACCUGAGAGAAUUUUUAUCAAAAAAGAAAAAAGAAAAAGAAAUUCGUUACACUGACACCAGGCAAGGUCACGAAGGUGUCCAAGUUAAAGAGGUACCGCUGUAUUUCAAUUUCCAUAAAUCUUGCAUACCUGUUUUAUCUUGUAGCACUGACUACAGGGGCGGAUCCAGGAAUUUGUUUAGGGAGGGGCGAAGCGCACAUAGUUAACCCAAGGAGGGGUGCACCCCUUAGAAUCAAAGGGAAAAACAUUAUUUGUAUUGGUUAAAUCUUUGAAGUAGGGGCACAAGGUCGAAUCAGGGAGGGGUGCGCACCCCCUGCACCCCUCCCCUGGAUCCGCCACUGGACUAAAGGGAGUUAUGAAGUGCAUUCUGUCUGCUUCCAUCGCUGACAAAAAAUCUUCCAGUCGAAGGAACCGCUAACGUUAAAUAAAUCACUGUUUGAACUAAGAAAAUGAAUAUGUAUAUAUAUAUAUAUUUUUUUUUGCGGUGAAAAAACUUCAAGACAAUAUUUUGUGAGAAGCUUUCGAUAUUUUCUCAACCAAGUUUUGACUUAAAAGUCUCUUCAAUUCUUUGAUUAUAAUUUUUAUAUUUUGUUUAUUACGAUUUUUAUAUUUUGAAAUUAUUACGAUAGAAGUUGAAACGCUUCUGACCGAAAAAAAAGCGAUUUAAUAUUGAAUCAACGAUUUUCAUCAUUUAUGUGAUGGAAAAAUUUCAAAAUACUUUUAUUUCGUUGUUUAAGCCGUAUGAAUUAGAAACGAAAAUGGACGCCACGUUGGUUGAUUAAAAACGGAAUUUUUUAAAUAUUUCUGCCAAAAUGGCGCCCUAUUCUUCAGUCGUUUCAUACAAGGCUUGUAAUUUACCUAUUACGCUGGCUUUUAAAACCGAAAGGCUGCUAUGUUGGUUGAAACUUUUCCAUUGUUAAAACACUGAAACAAGCAGCGAUGCCUUUCGUUAAAGCAAUGAAUCUAUAGCCGCCAUUUUUUUCGUGCUUUUAUUUUCAAAAUCAUGUAAACCAAAUCAAAAUGAUUAAAAUAAUUAUAGUUAAUUAUCAACUUAAAUGAUUCAUCAAUCCUUCAAAGUCUAUUUAGACAUAUAUGAAGCAGUAUAUGGUUUGCCAAUAUCCCGUGACGGCAGCCAUGUUGGACAGUACAACUGUAUCUCUUUUCUAUGAAUAGAUCUCAUUCGCCGUGGUGCAAUGUUUUCCCAUACCGUGUCGUUUCCUAGAAUAUUAUUUCUUUGUUUAACGGCUGCGCAUAAGAAGACACAUGAGUAUGGAUACAACUCAAACUAAGAAUAUUAUGCUCAAGAAACUGAUACGUGGUCUGUAAUGGGAAAACAUUGCAGCACAACGAAUAAGGUCUAUUAAUUGGGUUCUUUUCUCAAAUAAAAUGAUUUUAUUAUUGGAAUGAAGAACAAAUUAAAAGGAAAUGGUUUACUUUGUUGCCACUAUGCGUGUCUACCCUGCUGUAAUUUAAUGCUAAAUCUGGAAGAUAUUUUUUCGAAAAAUAUCAACUAGAAUUUAUGAAAUAGCAACAUUUUAAUAUUAAAAAUUCUUCGAUGAAAUAAAACGAUUUUCAUAACAUUAAAAGUUAAAGAUUUAUUGAA